GAGGACUUGCUUUUUCUGCCAGGUACGUUAUCUCCUGGAAUGGGUGGAAGAAGACUUAGAAGAUGAGGACGACACAGUUGGUACAUCAAAACAGGAAUUCUGCCAUCCCUUAUGCCAGUGCUCAAAAUGUGGGCCAGCACAAAAGAAAUUUGCAAGGAUCUCCGCAAAUGGACUUGGGGUAAACGUUUCCAACCAAGAUGGGUUUACACCAUUGCACAUGGCUGCAUUGUAUGGACACGCCGAACUUGUCUCUCUCUUGUUGAAACACGGAGCCAGUAUCAGUGCCAAGAAUGCCAAACACGCCGAAGCUCUUCAUUUAGCCUGCCAGAAAGGUCACUUCCAGGUGGUGAAGUGUCUGAUGGAUUGCAAUGCUAAACAAAAUAAAAAGGAUAUCUAUGGAAAUACUCCUUUAAUUUAUGCAUGCUUGAAUGGUCAGUAUGAGACUACUGCCUUGUUGAUACAGCACGGAGCCUCUGUUAACCUCUCUAAUGCCAAAGGGAAUACGGCGCUGCACGAGGCCGUGACAGGAAAGAAUGAAGCCCUGGUAGGCUUGCUGCUUCAGAACGGUGCCUUGACGCACAUCAGGAACGAAAGGAACUGUACCCCCGCGGACUGCGCCGAGCCGAAUUCAAAUAUCAGUAAGUUGCUGGAAACAGCACCAAGCUAUGUACCUACAUCAGCAGAGAGAGACAAGGAGUGUGAGCAGCAUACUACUAUCAAGAUAAGAAAAAAAGUGAAUUCUAAGCCAUGUGAGAAAGCCGAUGAUCCCACAGGCAGACAACUUCAGCUGGUCCAGUCCAUCAACAGAUUUAACAAAGCAAAACAUUUACGGAGAACAAUAACAAGAGAUAAAAGUGUCCCUAAUUUUGACUAUCAGUUACUGCAUCAGUUAGCAAUUAAGAGCUUUGAUAAAACCAAGCUAAAAUCUGUCGAAACGCUGGACAAGAGCGAAGUUAAGAUUACUGACACAGGAUGCAGCGGUGAGUGUGUGAAACGUGACGACGUGAUGGAAGUUCCUCACAGGAGUAAAUUAAUGCACCGAAGACAUACAGUCAACGUGCCACUGCCAGCAGAGCAUGCCAGCGCUGACGGCUCAUCCAGCCCUCAAAACGCAAGUAUUUCACAAUCAAGAGACUGCUGCGAGGAUCUGCUCUCAAAACACUGA